GGCUCCACCCCCGCCUCCUCCAGCUUGGCUACAACCUACUUUCUGCGGAGUCGGCGUCGUUCCGGACAGAUGAGGGAGGAACUCCUAAGCCCGGAGCCUGGGGAGGGGCCAUGGUGCCAAGACAGUUGUGGGGGAGACUGGAGAAGCCGUUUCUCUUCCUGUGCUGCGCCUCCUUCCUCCUGGGGCUGGCUUUGCUGGGCACACAGCCGGACAUCGCCCCUGUUGCUUAUUUCUUUCUCACCUUGGGUGGCUGCUUCUUGUUUGCCUGCCUCCUGGCCCGUUUUCUGGAGUGGGGGUUCCGAUCAAUGCAGACCGAGAACCCAGGGGCCUCAAGCAAUGCACGCGACAACGAAGCCUUUGAGGUGCCAACCUAUGAAGAGGCUAUGGUUUUGGAAUCACAGUGCCGCCCCCAAGAGCUGGGUCAACCACCCCCCUACAGCAGUGUUGUAAUCCCCCCAGAACUUGGGGAAGGACAGCCUGACCAUCCAGAGGGGCCCGAAAGAGCCAGACUGGAAAGGCGAGUGGGCUCGGAGGGAUCUACGACCUCAGGAAAUGCUGGAAGAGCUCCCAUCAGCCUUCGGCUUCGGGGACCCAGGGCUGUGUCCACUUCUCCUGAUCUUCAGAGCUUGGGGACACCCCCCAAAUUGGAGCCUCUUACCCCACCCCCUGCCUAUGAUGUCAGCUUUGGUCUACCUGAUGAUGAUGUUUUCUUUGAAAACAACCGGACACCCCCCUAAAAGACUAAGCCAGGAUACAUCAUCUCUGCGCCACUCACUCAUUCAUUUGACCAACAUUUCCUAGUGCCUGCCCUGUAUCAGGAAAUGUGUUUCCACUUGGGGAACUUAACUCAGAGGGGAGUCAGGUUGCCCUAAGCCUUUCCCAGCUGAGAUGUACAUAGCACUAUUGGAGUCUUUGGGUAACAUUCAGUGACCUACCCCAUAUCUGACAUUUCCAAAGUUAGAUGAGUGUGAGAGGAGUGACCCAGAGAAUCUGGAGAAGGAAGAAAAGAAACAUCUGA